CUCAGUUACUUUCUGAAGUUUAGACCGGGACGGCUGGGGUCGAGCAUGAUGACAGUCCGCGCGGUCAAACAUUAACUUAACCCGCUGUUUUUUCCCCCUGUGUGACAUGGUCCGUGGGAGCCGCUCCGCGCCGCCCCGCCACGCAUGAGGACAUGUCGAGGAUGAAGAAGCCGGACGUGAAGGUGGUGCUGCUGGGAGACAUGAACGUGGGCAAGACCUCGCUGCUGCACCGGUACAUGGAGAGGAGGUUCAAGGACACCAUCAGCACCGUGGGGGGGGCCUUCUUCCUCAAGCAGUGGGGCCCCUACAACAUCUCCAUCUGGGACACGGCCGGUCGGGAGCAGUUCCACGGUUUGGGCUCCAUGUACUGCCGAGGCGCCGCCGCCGUCAUCCUCACCUACGACGUCACCAACUGGCAGAGCCUGUCGGAGCUGGAGGAGCGCUUCCUGUCCCUGACGGACACGGCCAACCACGACUGCAUCUACGCCCUGGUGGGCAACAAGGCGGACCUGACCGACGCCACGGCGCAGCUGUUCCAGGGCGCCGACGGCCUCGGCGAGGAGCAGCCCGAGAGCGAGGAGAAGCGGACGGAACCACAGGUGCCGUCCGCCUGCCCUACGCCCCCGACCUCGCCCCCGGCCUCGCCCGCGUCCCUGUCCGGCCUGGUGCUCCGCAAGCAGGUGUCGCGCGACGACGCGGUGGCCCUGUACGGGAGGAUACUGCGGUACAAGGGCCAGGACGAGAAGAGCUGCCUCCCCGCGGAGAAGAUGUGCUUCGAGACCAGCGCCAAGACCGGCUACAACGUGGACGCCCUGUUCGAGAGGCUGUUCGACCUGGUGCUGCCCUCCAUCCUGAGGAAGAGGCACGAGGACCAGGAGUCGCCCACCGUGGACCUGGAGGACUUCAGGGGAGCCGGCGGCAAGCGGCCCAGAUCUUCCUGCUGCUAGGGACCCCAGCCGAGGCGACGAGCUUCGUUUUUAUCAGUCAGCAGGUCGGGCUGGACGCCGAGCUCACUGUGACGGUACCACUGUUCUCUCUCGUCUUCACCGGACCCGAAAGCAAAUAUACACACACACACACACACACGUGGUCAAUGCUGUGAAAAGGGUCCGAAAAAGCAGUGAUUUCAUAGUUUUUGUAUUUGUAAAGUAGGGGAAUAUCACUUUAUGUCCUUUAAUGACUUAAACUGCACUUACGUGUUCCAAAGAUGUGUCUGAGGGCAAAUAACGCCAAAAACAACUAAAUCACUGCCAUUUGUAAAUGUUUUGCUUCUGUGAUUUCACUCGUUUAGCUGCACAGAGUUGACUGGUUGACACGUCGCGAUCUUUGUUGAUGAACCCGAAUCACGUUUCACUUUAACGUUCGGCCGCCGCCGCUGAAAUUGAUCUCCUAUAUAUAUUUUAUUGACACUUUUUGAACUUUUCCAUGACUGCUAAAUAUCCCUGAUAAACUUUUAAGCAUGUUGUUGUAAUAAAGAUUUUUAUUUUGCA